CUUGAGCUGUUUAGAGUUCAGGGGAAUUAGAAAACUGCACGCAACGCCUACGGCAAGCAUUGUUUAUUCUCGAUCUGCACUAUGGCUUUGCCCAGGGUCUUUUUCGACAUCGCCGCUAAUGAAUGCCCGAUGGGCCGUAUAAUCAUGGAGCUUAGGAGUGAUGUGGUUCCAAGGACUGCUGAGAACUUCCGUGCUCUGUGCACACAUGAGAAGGGAUAUGGCUACAAGAACUCUGGCUUCCACAGGAUUAUCCCUUCCUUUAUGUGCCAGGGAGGUGACUUCACCAACCACAAUGGAACUGGUGGAAAAUCAAUCUAUGGAGAAAAGUUUGCUGAUGAGAACUUCACCCUGAAGCACACUGGCCCUGGAAUCCUCUCUAUGGCCAAUGCUGGGUCAAACACAAAUGGCUCCCAGUUCUUCAUCUGCACUGCUAAGACCUCCUGGCUCGAUGGAAAGCAUGUUGUGUUUGGGCGUGUUGUUGAAGGCAUGGAUAUCGUGGAAAAUCUUGACAGACUAGGUUCUCAGUCUGGAAAACCCUCCAAAAAAGUAGUUAUUACCAACUGUGGUCAGCUUUAAAAGAAGCAUCCUUAGUUUAUUUUUUUCCUUCUGGUCUUAAAAAAAGUAUAUAAAAAACAAAAACAUUCCAUUGCAACAUUAACUGGUAGCUUCAGAAUACCCCAUUCAGUACUUAAAUCUUCAUGCAUUUAAAACAACUGCAUUUUUCUGUGGUGCUUCACCAGUUCUUACUCCAUCCAGAUUUUCCACAAAUUCCAAAAAUUGUCAAAUGAGAUUAAAAUGAUUAUCGCAGUA